AUGACUUUCUGUACAAAACGGAAACCUUCACACCCGGAACCUAUCCGAAAGUCGAGACCGAAAACACCGUGGGAACCAGUUCUAGCAUUCUUCGAUUGGUAUUCCCACUCGCAGACCCGUCGACCAUAUGUCACCCAGUUAUGCCUCACACCUCUAAUAUAUUGUGUUGGCGAUUUCUCAGCGCAGAUGAUCGGGGAUGACGGUUUCGAUUAUCGCCGCUCCUUACGAAGUAUCGUCGUCGGCCUCGUCAUCGCGAUUCCUAGCCGCCAAUGGUUCCUAUUUCUGGGGCAACGAUUCAACUAUACUUCCUCGUCUCUGUCCCUUGGCAUGAAGGUGGCUGUCAAUCAGCUCCUCUAUACCCCGCUGUUCAACGUGUAUUUCUUUGCAUUUCAUGAGAUCCUCUCCGGGGAGGGAGUAACGGGCGCCGUUGAACGAGUAAAGAACACCGUGCCGACCAGUAUACCGAGGAGCUUUUUAUACUGGCCCUUUGUCACGGCGUUCAAUUUCACCUAUAUCAAACCGCAGUCCCGCUCGGUGGCUACGUCCGUCUUUGCCGUCUUUUGGCAAUCGUACUUGAGUUGGUUGAAUAGCUCGGCAGAAAAGGGAACAGUGAAGCCUAUCUGGAAUCAUACUUCGUCCGAUGCGUCCAGCGUGGAAGAUCUCGAUCGUCGGCUUUUAAUGUUUGAUGACAACUAG